CGACAAGAUAAUAUUAUUUUCAACUGAAACAAACACCACGUGUACAUUUUUUUUAUUCGGGAAGUUCAAAGGUCUGACGCGUUUCCAAUCCAUAUUUCAUAGGCACCCACCUUGAGCGUAAACACAAACUUGGUCGUCAUCGACAAAAAAGGCAGGACGAUCAUCAAUGCACUCAAACUGUAGAUCUGUGUUAGCAGCACAGUACAGUACGCCUGCUUUAUCGACUUAGUGGCUAAACGAUAGCAGGGAAUACUUUGGCAUGAUGUUCAUUCAUGGGCCGACUGGGGGAAAGUGAAGAGAAAUAAAACUCCAAGUCGCGAGACAGUAGCCCAAGAAGGAGAUAUCGGCUGCAACAGUAGAAAAGGCGAGAGAAGUGAACGCAGUCGGGACACGAAAUCUCAAAAGAUUUGUCUGAAAAUAUCCACGAGCGACUAUAUUAAAUAGAAGACAAGCACCAGAGCCCAAGGAAGAACUUUUUAGGUAUAAACAGAGUACUUCUAGGGUGAUAUAGUAAAUGGUAAAUUUAGAGGUAGGCGCCAUGCUGUGUACACAUCUGCCAUAUGAUACGAGUGAAAUAAUUAGCCUCUUCCUUUCUUCAGCCUAGACAAAGCCCUGCCCAUUGACAUUAUAUACUGCAGGAGGUGAGGAGUGCUAACUGUCCCAAGCUGCCUUCCCGAUGCUACAAUGGAAUGAAAUGGGAUGUGGACGUAGUAAGAGCGUCGCAACUACCGAUGACAACUCAGAUAAUUACACCAAAGACAAGAACUCUAACGGAAUUAACAAUGGAAAAGAAAACAAAGAUCCAAAAUCCAAAAAGGAUCGCAAUGGAAGCAAGAAUGGCAAGGUCAGUCAGAAUUCACACGAAGAGAACUCAACAGAGGACAGCUUUGAAGAGAAGAAGGAAAAAAGCUCAACGAAGACUGCCUUCAAAGACAAGCCAGUGCUUUCUGGGCCUUUGCAAUCUAACAUAACUGUCACUCAGAGUCAAGUGGAAUUCUUCAAAAUGUUGGAUGAAAAAAUUGAGCAGGGUCCUGAGGAUUUCCCUGGAGCAGAUGAUGAAGAUGAUGUCAACAUGGUAGAAGUGAAACCUUCCUCCUGACGGUAGAGAUUGGCUAGAAGAACUGCUUUCAUUGAGACUUGCCAGCAAAAGAGAAUUAUCCAUGUAGAGACAUGACCGUGAAUAUGAUUCAAAAUGAAGAAUUUCUUCAGCUCAUUGAAUGCAAUAUUUUGAUAUACUCCAUAGAGACGAGAAUGGCCACAUUAUAAACUUUACCUGGUUACUUGACUAAAAGGAGACAUUUAUUUGAUCAAUGUUAAAGUAUCAUUCCUUGUUUGGAUUGUUGUCGGUGAUCUUGUUUCACUAUAUCAUGUCAGGGGAGAACAAACAAUAAAAACUUGAUUGAUAACAAAGUACUGAAUCAUGUACCAUGACAUGGCCUUAGACAAACAUUGUGAGAGGAAUCUUUUUUGUCAUGAUCAAUUUUGUGUAUGGUGAUCUUUUUUAUUUUCUUUGCAAUGAUGCUUUGUGUAUACCUAGUUUGCUCAGUCUUGAACUGCAUGGAAGAUGUCAAAGCAGUAAUUGAUGGUACAGGUAUUAUUGGACUUGAUGGCCGUGGCAUACCUUUUGUGAGAUUUGACAAAUGUUGUCUCCUUGUAAAAUGUUAUUUGAAUUUUAUAAGCAAAUGCGUUUCUAAUUGAUGGAAAAUUCUUGGAAGAUGAGCUUUGCCUUGAAGUAUUCUGUAAAUAAUGUACAAGGGCAUUGUGCAGCUGAGUGAAAAAGAUGGUAAGAUCAUGAUUUACUGUCUUGUAAAUUAUAAACUUAUAAAAUAUUAUAGAAAAAGGUCAUUCUAUAUUGUGUGACAAAAUAUCUCUAGCUCAGCAUUAUAUUUCUCAAAGCAAUUUGGAGAUGCUGGCAAUUUUAUGUAUUUGACAUGUUAUAUAUGGUUUGGUUGCUUAUACUUUUAAUGUUUCAUGUAUUUUAUGGUCCACUUAGGAUGUACAUUUAAUAUGUCUGUGACAUGUUAUUUUAUUUUCAAAGCAUCUUGCUGGACAAUGACGGGACAGUUGGACCCAAGAAUGACAAAGGACUGACAGUUAAAUAGGUGAAAGUUGUAAAAACUGAAAAUGCUGAAAAUGUAGCUUGCAAUUUCUCACAAUAUGAAAAAAAUGAUCAAAAUGAAGACUGUAAAUCCUGAAAUCGGGCAUAAUCUUGAAAACUUUCACCCAUGCAGUUACCAAUAACACACUGCAUGCAGUCCAAAUAAUACUAGAUCUCAUGUACUUAAACUUGAAAGUUUCAGUUCACUUAGAUUCAUAGUAUAGUAUAGUAUGCCUUCUUUGCCUUAAAUUGACCAAAGUCUAUGCCAAAAAAUCCAAGGAGUAGUAGGCUGGACAUUCUUCAUUCAAAAGGUCAGAGGCAACAAAAGUUGGGCUUAGUAAUUAUUUUUUCCAUCACUUCUACCCGAGUCAUGGAUGUCAUCAAGUCAGCAGAGUAGUUGUGUGAAAGGGAAACAGGUAUACUUAACUAUACUGUGAAACUAUACAAAAUGAAACAUUUUUUUUUAAAUUAAAAAUGCAUCCAGCAGUGUGAUUUGCUUGCAUGAUUGAAGACCGUCCUUGCAAAAUGUUACACAGGCAGUGGAAGGCAGUGUGAUAUAUCAAGCCAAUUGAGCAUUCUAUCUUGUCAGGUGACACUCCUGUAAGUUAGUAUCUGCUGUACCUGGAAGGGGGACAUGGUGGGUUAUGAAACGGAGAAAAAAUGCUGUGGUAGUGAACACAAUACCACAGUAUGUCACACCUAACCUACUGCUUGGGGGUUUUGACUAUUUAUAUAUUCCCAUUCAAACAGUGUGUGUAUCUGGAUCGCUUUGGCAAAUCCAUCAUGCUACAACUGAAUUAAAAUAUAAUUACAAGGGAUAGCUCUAUUGUUACAUUAGAUGUGUGACUAAUUGGGAAUUUUGAAAAAAUGCUAUCAUUUAUAAAGUGAUUAAAUGUAUAUUAGGGGUUUAAGCAUACUAAGUACAAAGGCCACUUCCUGUUGAACAUAUCUGAGGACAAGUUAUUUUUACCUUUUGAUCAUAUUUUGACAGAUUAAUCUUUUAAAAUAAAAUCUACAACCACCUGUCAACCAUUUUGACAGUUUUAAAACGUGCUGAAUCCAGAAGUCAGUGCAAGAAUUGAGUUGGAGGUGAUGGUGGAAUGUGAAACACCAUCUCUUAGGUGUGGGUGAAAGGUUCCUUUUCCCCUAAGUAAUUCAAUUUGUUGCAAAGGUCAGGAAAAUACCAUUUACCACAGAAAAAUUUAUUAUUGUGAUCUAGUUUCUGGCUUGAAAAUCUUGCACUGUGCACCUUCAAAUUUGCUCCUGGAUUUAUUGAAGAAGCCCAAUAGAACAGCUCCAGCUCAAAAGGCUCUUCUGAGAGGUAUGCGAAAUGGAAGAUUGGUCAUUGACUCCCUGAUAGAUUAUUUACCUGCUUACUUGCAGGUUACUCUUUUUUAUAUACAGACACUUUUGGACUACUUUGUUGCUACAUACAUAUCAUAGUACCAAAGUGCCAUUUGUACUUAUAAUUCCAUAGUAAUUUGAACUUCAAAUUCAUCAGCAUGUUUAUUUUUUUCUCAUAAUUUAAGUCAUUACUAUUUAAAACAACUAUCAUUUUUCUUGAAGAGGAACUGUUUUCAUGUGAUAUAUCACAUUUUCAAACUCUUGUAAGUUAUAGAUAGAUACAGGAUACACCGAUGUGCAUGACACGUUUUGAAUAUUAGCAAGAGCAGAAAUAUGUUGACCUGUGCUGUUUUUGUGAAUGUGUCAGUGACAAAACAAUCAUGCCUCAGAGUGCAGACCUAUACUUCUGUAAGUGAUUUCCUUUCAUUUUCUCCUGUUCUCUUUUGUUGCAUUGCACUAAUACUACAAACUGUGAAUCAUGGAUAGUUAGAACUUAUUUAUUUCUGGAAGCAGUGCUUUUGUAAGAAUAUGUGUGAGUGGCUUUUGGAUUUUUUUUUUUUUACUUCAUAUAAAUAUGGAAGUAAAGCCUAAAACUCCUUUGUAACUUUUUUGAUAUUGUUAUAGCUGUAACAAUUUGAAGUAAUGUUCAUGUAAAAAAGGAAUAAAAAUGAACUUGAAAGUAUUA